AUGGUGUUUCUCUCCGGAAAUGCCUCCGACAGCUCCAACUGCACCCACCCGCCGCCACCGGUGAAUAUUUCCAAGGCCAUUCUGCUCGGGGUGAUCUUGGGGGGCCUCAUCCUUUUCGGGGUGCUGGGGAACAUCCUCGUGAUCCUUUCCGUGGCCUGCCACCGGCACCUGCACUCGGUCACACACUACUACAUCGUCAACCUGGCGGUGGCCGACCUUCUCCUCACUUCCACGGUGCUGCCCUUCUCCGCUAUCUUCGAGAUCUUGGGCUACUGGGCCUUCGGCAGGGUCUUCUGCAAUGUCUGGGCGGCGGUGGACGUCCUGUGCUGCACGGCUUCCAUCAUGGGACUCUGCAUCAUCUCCAUUGACCGCUACAUCGGCGUGAGCUAUCCUCUGCGCUACCCCACCAUCGUCACCCAGAAGAGGGGCCUCAUGGCCCUGCUCUGCGUCUGGGCGCUCUCUUUGGUCAUCUCCAUCGGGCCCCUCUUCGGCUGGAGGCAGCCGGCCCCGGAGGACGAGACCAUCUGCCAGAUCAACGAGGAGCCGGGCUACGUGCUCUUCUCGGCUCUGGGCUCCUUCUACGUGCCACUGACCAUCAUCCUGGUCAUGUACUGCCGGGUCUACGUGGUGGCCAAGAGGGAGAGCCGGGGCCUCAAGUCGGGCCUUAAGACCGACAAGUCAGACUCGGAGCAGGUGACCCUCCGCAUCCAUCGCAAAAACGCCCAGGUAAGAGGCAGCGGGGUGACCAGCGCGAAGAACAAGACGCACUUCUCCGUGAGACUGCUCAAAUUUUCCCGCGAGAAGAAAGCGGCCAAAACGCUGGGCAUCGUGGUCGGCUGCUUCGUCCUCUGCUGGCUGCCUUUUUUCUUAGUGAUGCCUAUUGGGUCUUUCUUUCCUGAUUUCAGGCCCUCAGAAACCGUUUUUAAAAUAGCAUUUUGGCUCGGUUACCUAAACAGCUGCAUCAACCCCAUUAUAUACCCAUGCUCCAGUCAAGAGUUUAAAAAGGCCUUUCAGAAUGUCUUGAGAUUCCAGUGUCUGCAACGAAAGCAGUCCUCCAAACAUACCCUGGGCUACACGCUGCAUGCACCCAGCCACACCCUGGAGGGACAGCACAAAGACCUGGUUCGCAUUCCAGUGGGAUCUGCAGAGACCUUCUAUAAGAUCUCCAAGACGGAUGGGGUCUGUGAAUGGAAAAUUUUCUCUUCCCUACCCCGCGGAUCUGCCAGGAUGGCGGUGGCCAGAGACCCAUCAGCCUGCACCACUGCCCGGGUGAGAAGUAAAAGCUUUUUGCAAGUGUGCUGUUGCCUGGGGCCCUCGACCCCCAGUCGUGGAGAGAAUCAUCAGAUUCCAACCAUUAAGAUCCACACCAUCUCCCUCAGCGAAAAUGGGGAGGAAGUCUAA